UGACAAUUUAUUAAUAUGGCGUAACAACUGUUGAACACUAUUAAUGUCAUAACGGUGUUGUAAAUUAAACUUGUUGUAUAUCAAGAUCUAACCGUUCUUAAGUAAAUUAUUGAACUCAAAACCGGACUUUUACACAUUUCGAGAAAGUCGAAGAAAAUCCGUUAAAAAUAAACCUGUCGUAACGUUCAGUAAGGAUGUGAAUGUGUUUUUGUGCGCACAUAUGGAAAUGUUUUCUACAUAUAUAUCUGCAGGAGAACAAAAUGAAGAUACAGGUAUGGAGGAGGUAUUUCCAAAUGUAUCUAGUCCAGAGAUGUUUGACAGUGAUAUUGAAAAUGAGCAAAACGAGCAACAAGAAAUAACAUCUUUAAACAAAGAUACAUUGAUUAAAACUAGUCCAGAAAAACCUUCUAUAGCUACACUUAUUACUAAGUCUGACAAUUAUCUGCUGGCCAGAAUCAAUAAAUAUUUAACUGGAGUUCCUCCACCCCCAAGUCACACUAUUAGUCAAAGCAAUUGUAAUGACUUGUUGCAUUAUAUUCAACAAAAUCGUCAAUACUUUUGGACAGCCUCUCCCAUAAAGGAAGAGAAUAAUGUUAGACAAGAAGAAAACAUUGACAAAUCCUUUAAUCAAGGAACAUUAGAAAACAACGAGAGAUUUUCAUUUUAUAAAACCAAUAGUACCCAGAGAAAUUUGACUAGUGCUUUUGAUGAAUGCGACUCGCAAACAAAUAAUAUCACUAACGAGAAUAAAUCUUCAAUCCUUUACAAUUCGGUUGAUGAAAAUGAAGUUAAAAAUAUGCCAUGGUCUGAAGCGUAUUUUCACAAAUGUCAUGGUAUCUAUUAUAACAGAAGUAAUACGAUAGAAGAGUUUGAAAAUUUAACAAUAAAACUAUGUGGAAGGUAUAUAGGAGCAGAAACACAAUCUACGUGUAAUGUAUUCUUUUCUAAACAAGGACCUGGAAGUCCUAUAAAAAAAAGCAUUCUAGCUAAACGUAAUUAUGGUCAAAGUCCGGGUAAAAGGUUAAGUCAUUUGACUCGCAGAAGGAGAACAUUUUCAAGUGCAAAUUUGCAAGGCUUAAAUCUCAAUGAUAAAAGACAAUUGAUAUUAACUGCUAAAAGACCAUCAACUAGAAAACUUAAAAGUCCUAGAGGCAAAAGCCCGAGAUAUAAAAGUCCUAGAGGUAAAAGUCCAAGAGGUAAAAGUCCAAGAGGUAAAAGUCCUAGAGGAUCGGCAAAGAAAAAAGUAGUUAGAAGGCUUACUUUAGAAAAUACAAGUCCACUUAAAACUAAAUUAGAUACAUCAAGACGAGCUCUAUUCCAAAGUCCAACCUUAGACAAGGCAGGACCGAGUAAAUUGUUCAAUUGCAAUAAUGCUAAUAAUCCACAUACAAUUAAACGUGCCUUAUUUCCUACGUCUAAGAAGAAUGAAGAUGUUUUAAUGGAAGAUAUCAAAGCGAUUAAUUAUGUCGAAGAAUCUAGAAAGAGAAAGAGUGAAGAAGAAUUGGAAGGACCUCGUUUCAAAUGGGCAAAGAGUUUAUCGUUCGACUGUCCUUACGAAUUACAAAAUUCAUCUGUACAUUCGUGGGAUCGUGAAAGGCAUUCUUCUGGAAACGUUUUACAGCAACACGAAAUACCUGUUACUAUGAGAAAAGGUGUACUUAGUGAUACACAUAGAAAGAAAUUAUUAUGGGCUGUAGCAGAAGCGUUACGAGGUAGAGGGAUUGGUAUGAGCCAUCCGCUAUUUAAACAGUACGCUUCUAAUCUAGCGCGUACUGUUAGAAAAUUAAUGCCCGAUUUAGAAAAUAAAAAUAUAUCAAGAAAACCAGGCAGUACAAGUGAUCGUAUGUUAAAGAUAGCCAAACACCACGCUCUUCUUAUAAUAGAUACAAGGACUGUGGAAUGAAUGACUGUACUUUUUAGUAUAAAUAAAAAAUAUAUAUAUAUAUAUAUAUUAAUUGUUUUUAAAAACAACAGAAAAAGAAGAAACAAGUACGAGCUUAUUAAAUGCUAAUUCGAUACUUUUAAACAUAAUGGAAAAGGACUUUUUUUUAAUUAUUUCACGUGAUUAAAUGUGAUGAUCAAAUAUAUAUUAAUAAGAUUUACAUCAUUUCUUUUUUUUUUUUUUUUCACUAAAAAUCAUAUAUUUUAUACUGUAUAAAUGUAAAAGAAAGGUUCUCCUAAAAAUCUCACAGUGUAUAUAUUAGAAUAAUUGUAUCCUGGACGGGAUAUAUUUACGUAUUUUAUACAUAUAUAUAU